AUGGCACGUCGCCAGCUCCGCCAGGGCUGGGGGAAGAUCGGGGGGAGGGAGAUGGUGGGGAUGGGGAGACAGGGGAAGCGGGGGAGGGGUGGCUGGAGGAGGGCAGCAGCAGCGGUGACAGGGGGAGUGAGGGGAAAGGCAGGGGAGGGGGCGUGUGGGUGUGCGAGAACCCACAAUAUGUGGAUCUGGUGGGGGUGGGGGGGGGGAGCGGGGGGAAUCGGGGGAAGCAGCGGGGGAGGCGGGGGAGUGCAGUGGGCGGAGUGGGCGGGGAGGGUGCAUGAGCUGGCAGGCGUGUUUGUGAGUGGUGAGGGGCGGGUGUUCAACUCAACCCACGUGUUCCAUGCCAAUGGCUGCCACGGGCUCACCCAGUUCUUCUACCCUUUCGGCACCCGGGUAACCAUCCACGAUACCCUCGUCAAUCUCCUCGUCCCCAGAGGCCACGUGGCAGCUGCUGACGUGGCAGGCAGCAGAGACAGGAGCGGGGCAACGGUGUUACAACUGGCACCGCUGCUGCUGCAAGUGGCGCCGUUUCUGAGAGAGAAUCCGGAGUUGCCGCUGCUGCUGGGGCAGGCACGGUGCAGUGCAGUGCUGUGCUGUGCGUCUGUUAGGGACACCUUUGCUGCUGGGCGGUUUAUGGGUAUGUGGAGUGCACUUCUGCUCCCUCGCCUGCUCGCCUCUGCAUCUCUCAAUGCAACCAUCGUCGUGCCUCCUGCUGCUGACGAGCUCUUCUUUGUCAGGCGCCUCAUUCAGGUGAUUCCUCAGGUGACUCAGGUGAUUCCAGUGGUGACUGAGGUAAUUCUUUACAUGACUCAGGCACCUGAGGCGCUCAGUGUGGUCCCAUCUCCGCUCUUCCCUCCGCAGUUCUUUUGUCCCUUCUCCUCCUCCCUAUCUCUCUCACCUCCCCAGCCCAUUCAGCAGCACUGUGUGCACCUUAGCCCCUCAGUGUCAUUCCAUCUCCCCUCCCACUUCCUCCUCUCAGCCUCAUCGCAUGUCUUGCCCCCUGUUCACCUCCCUGCCUCUCUCGCCUCCCCCUCCACCAGCCCACCCAGCAGCACUGCGCCCACCCAGCAGCACUGCGGCCGUCUGAGCCCCUCAGUGUGGACCCACCUUCGAUCCUCCUUCCUCCUCCACCCUUCCUCUAACCACCUGCCCCUGCUUCAACCUGAUUGGUCGCUGCGGCCGGCAGUGGGCGGCACAUACCAGGACAAACGCAGCCACCCGGACAGUAGUGAAAAGGAGGAUGACAGUAGUGGUAUUGGAGAGGAGAGUGGGGGGAGGGAUAGGGUGGAAGGAGAGGGAGAGGAAGGGCAAGAGGGGAGUGUGAAGGGAGUGAGGGAGGAGGGGAAGGUGGUGGUGGUGGCGAUGCCUCGUGGCGUCCAGAUGGCGGAGUUUGAUUGGCUCGUGGGUCUGCUGAGGCAGCAGUUUGGGGAGAGCAACGUCACUGUGCCGCUUCUCUCCAACCCCUUGCCCGACCCGUUCCUUUCGUCUUCUUCCAUCAUCCAAUCCCUGAGUGCCACGUGUCACCUGCACGUCGUCUCUGUGCCGUCCGAGCGGCUGAAUUUCAAACCUCUGCCGAAGCUGUGGCUCGUCACCGAGCCUGAGGCUCGGGAGGAUGGGGAAAUGGAUCUAGGAGAUUCCCAAGGAGGAGGAUCGGCAGUAGGUGCGGAGGGGGGGAGUUUGGGGAAGGACGCUGUUGGAGAUGCAGAUGAGAAGAGGGAAAAUGGUGAUGAGAAUAGUGAUGAUGCUGAUUGGGGAGAGGAAGCCGAGGAAGAGAGGGAAGGAGAGACCAAGUCUAUGCAGGUAGAAGGGAAGCGUGAAGAAGCGGAGGAGGAGAGAGGAGAGAAAGAGGAGGAUGUGGGAGGGAUCCGGAUUACCUGGAGCAGAGAGGACCUGGGGGAGGCUGUAUCUGAGGCAUGCCUUCACCUGGGCUUGGAUUGUCUUCGGCUUGGAAGCAGAGGAGCAGCAGAAGAGCGCGUGAGUGAAGCAGAGAGGAAGAAAAGGGAGAGGCUGGAGAAGCGAUUGCGGAGGCGGGAGGCUGAGGCCUGGAAGGUUCCUGGAAGCUGGCUGCGGCGCCGGCGCGAUGUGCGGGUGUUUGAGCGGUGGCUAGAGCAAGCGGAUGAGGGAGUGGGGGUGUCCGGUAUAAAAGCGGAUGAGAUUGUAAGGAGGGGCGGGAGCGAGGAGGAGUGGACAGUAAGAGAAUCGCUUAAGUACGAAUGGAGAACUCCACCUGGCAAAUGCCCAUUGGGCGGCUUAAAAACUUUUGACGGAGCUGCGUUUUGCAAGCGGGCAAGGGAGGAGAGAGGGACUAUUAACAUUGUGUUUCUCGGGGAUUCCCUGACCUUCCAAAUGGCUGGGAGCUUCUUGAACGGUCUGCUUCGGCACAUCGCCAAGCCUGCGUCCUGGGCUGUGGACGAAUUUGAACCUAAGCAGUGCGUGGACUGGCUCCUUGGGAGAGGAGGGGCAGAAUCAGGAGGAGGAGGGGUGAGUGAGGAUGGUUCCAGGAAGCCGCGCCGUGCUGCUCGCUGGAGGAAUUUAAGAAGUAGGGAUGGUAGUACUAGUGCUAUUACAGGAGCUGCUAAUAUCGGGGAUGAAGAGGUGGCGGAAGGAGAAGAGGAAGGAGAGGAGGAAGAGGGGGAGGAGGGGGAUCGGGGUUCCGCUCCCGUGGUGGUGACACCACAUCCGUUCUGCAAGGUCUAUGUGUUUCACGAGAAUGUGUGUCCGGGGGUAAAAAUUCAUGUGAUUCGCAACGACCACCUUUAUAUCCAGGACCCUGAUUUAGCCAGCCCCGCUGACGGCAGCAGCACCACCAGCAGCAGCAACGGGAGUGCGACAGGUGGCAGCGUGCCAUUUGAUCACAUGCCGUGGCACUUGUAUGACGGUUUGGUGAGUGCUGAUGUGGUGGUAGUUAACCGAGGCGCACAUUAUGUCGGUGGGAGGGAUUUUGAGCUCUCGGUGCGGGCUGCCAUGAGGCUGCUUCGCAGGAAGCUUCCUCGCGCCCUUCUUGUCUACAGGAAUUCGCCGCCCGGCCAUGUCAACUGCUCAUCAUACGACCGGCCAAUAAAAAUUCGGCAGGAUCCGGCGACGUUGCCGUUCCACUGGGAUACGUUUUCGUCGCAAAAUGAUAUUGCGAGGGAGAUAGCGGAGGAGGUGAAAGCAGUGUACAUGGAUGUUGAUACAAUGACGGCACUUAGACCAGAUGGCCAUAAGGGGGGACUCGUUACUGGUGAGGAGGGUGCGGGGAGUGAGGGGGAUGAGGGGGGCGAGGGGGGUGCGGGGGGUGAGGGGGGUGACGGGGGUGCGGGGAGUGGUGGGGGUGAGGGGGGUGCUGGACCAUCCCCUGCAGUGCUGGACCAUCCCCUGCAGUGCUGGACCAUCCCCUGCAGUGCUGGACCAUCCCCUGCAGUGCUGGACCAUCCCCUGCAGUGCUGGACCAUCCCCUGCAGUGCUGGACCAUCCCCUGCAGUGCUGGACCAUCCCCUGCAGUGCUGGACCUAA